AUGCUGAGGCUGCAGUACUGCUUCCCAGACACGUACCCCGUGGGCUAUGGCAAGUGUUGCCGCGACCCAGGCAGCCCCUGGUACAAGUCCUUCAUGGAGCCUGCUUGCUGGGACAAAGAGUUUGGCAUCACCUUCGAGAACUGCUGCGUCUUUGAGUAUGGCCCACGGCUUCGAGGCCUCCCCUUCACUGGCUUUGCCGAACCAUCGGCCCUGGUCCACUUCGAU